AUGUCUUCGACCUCUACUCUCGACUUCAAGGUACAAAGAUGUGAACCAGAAUUAGUUGUUCCAGCAAAACCUACACCCCAUGGAUACAAACGACUUUCUGAUAUCGACGAUCAAGAAAAUUUAAGAUUUCAGCUUCCACUAAUACAUUUCUAUCAACAUAAUCCAAACAUAAAGGAGAGAGACCCAGUGAAAUUGAUAAAAGAGGCAGUUGCAAAGGCACUGGUGUUUUACUAUCCUUUUGCAGGCAGACUAAGAGAAGGGUAUGAUAGGAAAUUGUUUGUAGAAUGUACGGGUGAAGGAAUCUUGUUCAUCGAAGCAAAUGCAGACGUGACUCUAGUACAACUUGAUGAUGCUGAUCUUCAACCCCCAUUUCCAUGUUUGGAUGAGCUUCUUUAUGACAUUCCAAACUCUAAUCAAAUUCUUAAUUGUCCAUUAUUGCUCAUCCAGGUGACGCGACUCAAGUGCGGUGGUUUUAUUUUUGCUAUUCGUGCAAAUCAUACAAUGAGUGAUGGCUUUGGUAUUGUCCAAUUUAUGACAGCUAUAGCAGAGAUGGCUCGUGGAGCUCCUGCUCCAUCUAUUCUUCCGGUGUGGCAAAGGGCUCUCUUAAAUGCGAGGGACCCUCCAAGAGUCACUUGUGUCCACCAUGAAUACGACCAAGUUGGUGACACCAAUGGCUCCAUCACUCUCCUCAACGACAUGGUUCAACGCUCCUUCUUCUUCGGCCCAACUGAGCUAUCUGCCAUUCGCAAAACCUUACCCACCCACCUCCGCCAUUGCUCCUCCUUCGAGCUCCUUGCAGCCUACUUAUGGCGCCUUCGUACCACAGCCCUUCAGCUCAACUCAGAGGACGAAGUGCGCUUUCUUUGUAUCGUGAACUUACGCACCAAGUUCAACUCUUUACCAUUAGGUUACUACGGCAAUGCAUUUGCUUUUCCUGCUGCACUCACCACCGCUGGCGAGCUUUGUCAGAAUCCAUUAGGUUAUGCUAUAGAUUUGGUAAAGAAGGCUAAGGCUGAGGCGACAGAGGAGUACACGAAGUCUGUAGCAGAUCUUAUGACGAUCAAAGGACGACCCCAUUUUACUGCAAUAAGACCAUACAUUGUAUCAGACAUUAGAAAAAUUGGGUUGGAGGAGGUAGACUUUGGAUGGGGAAAGGCAAUUUAUGGAGGACCUGCAGUGGGAGAGGCUGGAAUGAUGCCUAGUUUGAUAAGCUAUUUUAUACCUUUGAAGAACAAAAAAGGAGAAAAAGGAAUUUUGGUGCCUCUUUGCUUGCCUGCUACAGCCAUGGAAAGAUUUGUGGUUGAACUUGAAGAUGACUUAUUGAGGGCAAAACAACUGGUUAAUGAAGUUGAGAAUCAUAGUAUUAAUAAUCCAACAACCAUUGCAUCUGCUCUAUAA